AUGGUGAAACCCCAUCUUUUUAAAAAAAAUUUUUUUAAAAAGUUUGUAGAGGCAGUAGCUGAGGCAGAUGGUGACAACUUAGAAAAUAUGGAAGGUGUAAGCUUGCAAGCAGUAACACUUGCAGAUGGUUCUACUGCUUACAUACAACACAAUUCUAAAGAUGGAAAACUCAUAGAUGGCCAGGUCAUUCAGUUGGAAGAUGGUUCCGCUGCCUAUGUUCAACAUGUACCCAUACCUAAAAGUAGGGACAGUUUGCGUCUAGAGGAUGGUCAAGCAGUGCAGUUAGAAGAUGGUACCACAGCGUUUAUUCACCAUACCUCCAAAGAUAGUUAUGACCAGAGUGCAUUACAGGCGGUUCAGCUGGAAGAUGGCACCACAGCUUAUAUCCACCACGCAGUGCAAGUCCCACAGUCUGACACCAUCUUGGCAAUUCAGGCAGAUGGGACAGUAGCAGGUCUGCACACUGGGGAUGCUACAAUUGACCCUGACACCAUCAGUGCUUUGGAACAGUAUGCAGCAAAGGUGUCCAUUGAUGGAAGUGAAAGUGUAACAGGUACUGGAAUGAUUGGAGAAAAUGAGCAAGAGAAAAAAAUGCAGAUUGUUUUACAAGGACAUGCAACAAGAGUAACUGCUAAAUCUCAACAGAGUGGAGAGAAGGCAUUUCGAUGUGAAUAUGAUGGAUGUGGAAAAUUAUAUACAACAGCUCAUCAUCUUAAGGUAUAUAUAAAAGAAAUGUUCCAUCUAAAAGGUUAUGGAUUAAAAAGUCAUGUCAGAACUCAUACAGGAGAAAAGCCAUAUCGGUGUUCAGAAGAUAAUUGUACUAAAUCUUUCAAAACUUCAGGAGAUCUACAGAAACAUAUCAGAACUCAUACAGGAGAAAGGCCCUUUAAGUGUCCCUUCGAAGGCUGCGGUCGGUCCUUUACAACAUCAAAUAUCAGAAAAGUGCACGUUAGGACACACACAGGAGAAAGACCUUACUACUGCACAGAGCCAGGAUGUGGGAGGGCAUUUGCCAGUGCAACCAAUUAUAAAAACCAUGUGAGGAUACACACAGGGGAAAAGCCAUAUGUUUGUACAGUUCCUGGUUGUGACAAAAGGUUUACAGAAUAUUCCAGUUUGUACAAACAUCAUGUUGUCCACACUCAUUCUAAACCUUACAACUGUAACCACUGUGGGAAGACAUACAAGCAGAUCUCCACACUGGCCAUGCACAAACGGACAGCCCACAACGACACUGAGCCCAUCGAGGAGGAGCAGGAAGCCUUCUUUGAGCCGCCCCCAGGUCAAGGUGAAGAUGUUCUUAAAGGGUCCCAGAUUACCUAUGUUACAGGUGUAGAAGGGGACGAUGUUGUUUCCACACAAGUAGCCACAGUAACUCAAUCUGGGCUAAGUCAACAAGUUACACUCAUAUCGCAAGAUGGGACUCAGCAUGUCAACAUAUCUCAAGCAGACAUGCAGGCCAUUGGCAACACCAUCACAAUGGUAACGCAGGAUGGCACGCCCAUCACAGUCCCUGCCCAUGAUGCAGUCAUUUCCUCAGCAGGAACACACUCUGUUGCUAUGGUUACUGCUGAGGGUACAGAAGGGCAACAGGUUGCAAUUGUAGCUCAAGACUUGGCAGCAUUCCAUACUGCCUCAUCAGAAAUGGGGCACCAGCAGCAUAGCCAUCACUUAGUAACCACAGAAACCAGACCUCUGACCUUAGUAGCAACAUCCAAUGGCACCCAGAUUGCAGUUCAGCUUGGAGAACAGCCAUCUCUGGAAGAAGCCAUCAGAAUAGCAUCUAGAAUCCAGCAAGGAGAAACACCAGGGUUGGAUGAUUAAUCCUCAGAACAAUGGAGCAAUAAAGCAGGAGUCCUUCAUUUUCUGACAACAGAAAUCCAUGAAGCCCGGGCCCAGGAAAGUUAGAAGUUUUCCAUUCCUGAUACACUGUACACAUUUUUAUGCAAGAGUGGAGAAGAUUUUAUUCUUGACACUUUUGUGUAUAUAACCCUUGGAAUAGAUUCUCAAAGUGAUUCGUUGUGUACAAGGAAGUAUGAAAUUAGGGCAAUAGAGUAAAUUUUCAUGUUACUCUUUUAUCAGAUCACAAACUCCUAGAGUCUACAUGCAAGAGUAGUAAAGUCUUAUGGGAGUCUUAUGAUGGAUUUUUAACUUCCCAUGAAAAAAAUAAAGGCUGUAUCUAAAAUGUCAAAGGGUCUAUAUGUCACACAAUCAUAAUUCCAAAAGCCAUUAUGGAUAAUAAAGGAUGUAAAGCCUUCAGAUAUUUCCCCAGUUAGUAGAGUGUCUGCGGAUUUUAUUCUAUAUAUUUGUCCACUUUUAUUUGUAUCUUCUGGUUUGCAGACUUUGAAUAAUUUAUAGUUUCCCAUCCUUGUUAAAAGCCAGCUCUUCAAGCUGAAAUGCUAAUUAUAUUGGCAUUACAUUGGAUUAUGUGUAAAAUCAUAAAAUUUGGUUAUUUAAAAUUAAGAAGUUAAAUCCAGUGGUUUUGUUAAAAGAUUUUGCUUAGUAUUCAGUUUUUGUAACUGUUUGGAAAAAAAAAAAAGAAUUAUCAAAGUUUAACCACAUGCUGGUGCCCGGGAUAACAGUGUUGUAAUUGGAAAUGGCUUUACUCUGAAAAUUAGGUUAGCGGGUUGGUGUAAAUUAUUUAUUUUUGCUUAUGUACUUUUGUUUUAAAGCUUACUUACCCCAAAGUUUAUUAUUAAUUUUCAAUACAGCAAUUUUUAAAAUGUUA